GUUUCGUGGGCAUUGAGCCUUUUUCUUUGACCCAAUAGCUUCUCACUUAGGCCCAAAACCAAACCAAACCCUAGCAGCACCUUUUGUUAGGGUUUUUAUUCCACAAUCUCAUCAUUUCUACGCCUCUGUUUUCAUCGUCUGCUCCAGCUCCCCAUCAUCCAGGUAAGGUGUAGUUAGGAGAGUAAAAAUGGUGUUGGAGAAGACUAAAGGAAGAAAAGAAGAGGUUGUUACCAGAGAGUACACCAUCAACCUCCACAAGCGUCUCCAUGGAUGCACAUUUAAGAAGAAGGCACCUAAGGCGAUCAAGGAGAUCAGGAAGUUUGCACAAAAAACCAUGGGAACAACGGAUGUGAGAGUUGACGUUAAGCUAAACAAGUACGUAUGGAGCCGAGGAAUCAGAAGCGUUCCAAGGAGAGUUAGGGUUAGGAUUGCUAGAAAGAGGAACGAUGACGAGGAUGCUAAGGAAGAACUUUACUCGCUUGUUACGGUUGCCGAGAUCCCAGCAGAAGGACUCAAGGGGCUUGGCACAAAGAUCAUUGAUGAUGAAGAUUGAUUCCUCAAUUUCCAACCUUUUUGAAACUUCAGGCAGAGUUUAGUUUCUCAUCUUUAUCUUUUGUUUGGAUUCUACUGUUAUCUUGAAGUUAUAACAUUUACUGUUUUUUUUAUUUGAUGGAUUGCUAUGCUUUUUGGGUAUUUUUUAAAGGAGUUGAAAUGCAUUGUGUUAUGGGAGUUG